GCGUGGGAAGGAUGACGACUUAUCCGUGGAACUCUGUGAGGGCCUUGAACGUUCACAGCAGCAGGUACCAGAGGAACUAUAUGAGCGGGCUGCAAAGUUACGAGAGAAACGUAAGGAGGGCAUUGUACGGCACAACACGGGGUUUUACAGGGGUUACAUGAAGGCAAAGAAGCUACGCUUUACAGACCGCGGUCAAGAAGAACAAUUUAAGGCGGCAGCGCGGGCAGCAGGGCUUGAAGAGUAUUUAUCCGCCAGCUCCUGCACGGACUCGGAUUUGUCUGAAGGUGAUGAAGAUGGGAAGGAGGACGGUAUUGAGAUUGUUGCAGUGCACGAAGAUGGAACCCGAGGUGGUGGCAGUCGCAAUGAGGAGGAUUCUACAGCCCUCAUGUUGUACAGGGACACUAGCGCCCUUACACUCUCCUCGCAGCAGCAACAAGAACAACAGGAACGUCUCGCAUCUGCACUUGCGUACGCGCGGAAGACGACUGACUCCAUUGUUGAUCCUUCCGGUACAUGUGCUCGUUUUGAGGCCGAGUAUCCCAUCAACGAUCUUCCCGAGCGCAUUCGGUUGCGGAUGCAGAGCGCGAAUUUGUUGCGUUCUGUGCAGGAGGAAACGGGAACUACAAUAAUCCGAAAGGGUGUCUUUUUUGACCGAAAGUACAAACACUCCCACCGCCUGCGUGAGGGCGUGCGGCCGCUGUACCUGCUACUUAUUGGAAAGACCGUGGAGGCUGUGCGUGCAGCGGUCAAGAAGCUGAACGAAAUCAAGGAAGAGGCGCAGAGCCGAAUUCAGAAUAAAGUGUCGGCUCUUGGGGCCGAACUGUAA